AUGAGGGUGGAGUGCUGGACUUUCAGCUUUGGAGAACUGCUUAUGGACCCUCGGGGAAGGGCCGAUUUCCGCCUCUUCCUUAAAAAGGAGUUCAGUGGUGAGAAUCUUGCCUUCUGGGAGGCAUGUGAGGAUCUGAAAUGGGGUGCUGCAGAGACAAUGAAAGAAAAGGCUCAGCAAAUAUAUAAGACCUUUUUGGCACGUGGAGCUCCACGUUGGAUCAACAUUGAUGGCAAAACAAUGGACAUAACAGUGAAGGGUUUGGCACAUCCUCAUCGUUAUGUACUGGAUGCUGCCCAGACUCACAUUUACAUGCUCAUGAAAAAGGACUCAUACGGGCGAUAUCUCAAGUCCCCAGUGUUCAAGGAAACUCAAAGAAAGGCCAUUGCUCCUGAACCACACAGAUUCACUGAGACGCAGUUGGAGCAGAAUGCCAAGAGAAGGCGGCCCAGCCUGAGUCCCAUUACCCUGAGACAGCAGGAAGAAGAACAGAAGGCCAAACUUGCAGCAAGUGGCCCGGUGGACAUCACACAGCUCUGCCGCUUCACAGCACCUGUGCCUCAUCUGGCCGUGUAUACAGGCAUUUGUGAAGCGCAGUCCACUGCCUCCCCUGGGCUCAUGACGCUGCCCAACAGUGCUGCCUGCCCAUCUCCCAUCAGCGUCGCCAUUGACAGCACUCCAGCCUCUGAGAGGAGGUUUGACGGCAAUGGAGGGCCUUCCUCCUCCCAUUUCCCAUCUAUUGCAGAGGCGUCAGUAUCAGAGGAAGAGAACCAGCCACCUGCCCCAAAGUCUCGCAUGACUCUGUCACUGAGCAGACUCCUCCGCAGAGGAUGCAACGCUCCAUCCGUCUUUGCCAGCCUAUCUCCAAAAUGUGCUGUGGCUUCAGGAGGAGGCAAAGUACAGCCGCUUGGAGUGGAGCCGCUUGCACAACCUCAGCCCAGAAGAAUUGCAAACUUUUUUCAAAUCAAAGUUGACAUCCCACCUGAAUGCCGCAUCUACCCCAUUGAUUCAGAAGAUGAGGAGGACGACAGUCCUGAUAGAAGAGGAGGUGUGAAAGAAAUAAUUUGUCCAUGGGAAACUGUCACCAAGAAAGAUGGAGCUGGAUAGACGAGUCAUAGAUGAGUCAGUUGAGAGGAAAAAAGUACACUGAACUGACACUUGUGUCAUAAAUAUUUUGUCUUACAAC